UACUACUGCGACAAGGGUGACGUGGACGCCCUCCGCGCCGCGCGCCCUCUCGGCUUUGGGGCGUGCCGGAUCGGCACGACCUUCUAGACGUUUCUCAAACCCACCUCCGUGGUCCGGGCUGCCGCCGAGGCUAUCUACGGCACAGACCGAGACGGGUUGGGCGUCCAGCACGAAUCGAAUCGUCGCGAGAAGUCAUGGCGGAUUCGGCCGCUUCCCGUCCAACCGUCCUCGUCACCGGCGCCGGCGGCCGCACAGGCCAAAUUGUCUACAACAAACUGAAAGAGAGGUCCGAGCAGUUCGUGGCAAGAGGGCUGGUCAGGACAGAGGAGAGCAAGCAGAAGAUUGGGGGAGCCAGUGAUGUUUACAUUGCGGACAUAAGAGACACGGAUCGUCUAGCACCUGCUGUACAAGGGGUCGAUGCGCUCAUAAUCCUCACCAGUGCAGUCCCAAAAAUGAAACCGGGUUUCGACCCUAGCAAAGGUGGGCGGCCUGAGUUCUACUAUGAAGAUGGAAUGUACCCUGAGCAGGUGGAUUGGGUUGGCCAAAAGAAUCAGAUUGAUGCUGCUAAAGCUGCUGGAGUGAAGCAUAUUGUGUUGGUGGGAUCUAUGGGAGGAACAAAUCCUAACCAUCCGCUGAACAGCCUGGGUAAUGGCAAUAUACUGGUAUGGAAGCGCAAGGCAGAACAGUAUUUGGCAGACAGUGGAGUCCCUUAUACAAUCAUAAGGCCAGGAGGUCUACAAGACAAGGAUGGAGGAGUGAGAGAGUUAAUUGUGGGGAAAGACGAUGAACUUCUCCAGACUGACACAAAGUCGAUUCCUAGAGCCGAUGUGGCUGAGGUUUGUGUACAGGCUCUGCAGUAUGAAGAGGCCAAGUUCAAGGCAUUUGAUUUGGCCUCGAAGCCUGAAGGUGUGGGCACGCCAACAAAGGACUUUCGGGCACUGUUCUCCCAGAUUACUGCUCGGUUUUGAGUGAGCUGCUGAGAAGCCUACUCCAAGUUCUAGAUUGCAUGGUGUCUGAAGAUAUAAUCAGGUAGCUUGAGCAUGGAGCUGCAGUUUGGUGCAAUUGCAAAGCUGUAUUAAAACUGAAGAAAGAAAUUGGUGCAUUGUUUGCAGUGCACUGCUGAACGUCUGGUUGCCAUUGUGUAAACUGUUAAGAGCUAAUAUGACAAGUAAUUAGGAACCCCUGUUUGCAUAAAUUGUUGGGCACAAUUUAUCCAGCACAGUUAGUCA